CUCAACGGCAGCAGGGCCGCCGCCACGCAUCUGCUGGAUUAUCAACCCGACACCCGAGCAACCCUCAUUACGGUCCAGGCUCUCGCUCUGUGCAGUGUGAGUCGCUCGCUCCCCGGAUUACGCUCAGGAUAAGCGGAUAGGAUAGGAUAGCAUCGCCAGAUAUUGGGAGAUACGCGCCGGCCUCAGUGGACAGUCGAUUGGCUGCCAUCAAGCGGACAAGACACACAGCGCGCAACACAGUGAACCGUGCAACCCCGCAACCCCGUGAACCGUGCAGUUAUUUUGAGCAGUGUAUUGAACGCAAAGUGUAUUGAGAAGCGAAAGAACUUGCAUCAACAUGGUCAUGUUGCAGUCGCCGGCGCAAAAGGCCAGCAGCGACAAUCAGCCAACGGCCGUCGGUGGCCUGAUGAGUCCCAACUCCAAUCCGGACUCGCCCAAGUCGAAUACUUCGCCGGAGCUGGGCAAUGUGGAGGCAGGUGCAGCAGCAGGCGGAAUGGCCACUUCUACGCCCCCAAAGAUACCCAAGUUCAUCAUCAGCGCGGGCAGCGGACAGCAGCAGGCGGCGGCCAAGCAGCAGGAGCAGGAGCUGCGCUACUCCCUCGAGCGGCUCAAGCAAAUGAGCAGCGAGUCCGGCAGCCUGAUCAGCCGCCUCAGUCCCACGCAGGAGGUGUGCCCCUCAGACAAGGAAAAACCCAACCACAACAACAAUAACAACAACAACAGCAGCCUGACAAACCACAACAACAACAACAAUAACAACAUCAAUGGCAAUGCAUCGCGUCGAUCGCAGUCCCCGCCAGCAUCAGGAGCAGCAGCCAACGUUGUGAUCAACAACUUCUCCUCGCCCGCCCAGCAGCGAAAGCUCUUGGAGCUGAGUGCCGUGCGCCAGUUGGCGCGGCCCGAGCCACUGCAGCAUCCACACGCGGCGCUGCUGCAGCAGCAUCCGCAUCUGCUGCAGAAUCCACAGUUCCUGGCCGCUGCUGCGGCCCAGCAGCACAUGCACCACCACCAUAAUCACCACCAUCACCAGCAGCAGCCUCAUCCGCACUCGCAUCCGCAUCCACAUGCACAUCCUGCAGCUGGAGUGUUCCAUCUGAGGGCUCCCAGUGCCACUAGCAGCACCACUGGGCCGCCCUCGCCCGCCACAUCGCCACUGUCGCCGCCCACAUCUCCAGCCACACAUUCCGAGCAGGCGACGAGCUCCCCCCACGCAGCACCAGCAGCCAAUCCUCCCGCACAUUCCAUCCAGCCACAGCCACAGCAGCAGCAGCCACAACCAGCACAGAUCCUGCUAAGCAGCGGUCCGCAUCCGGUGAGUCCCUUGUCCGCCAGCGACAUUGAUUUGGAGCGCAUUAAGCUGGUGGCUGCGGUGGCCGCCCGCUCCAACCAGGCUCCAGCUGCGAGCACAUCCGCGGCAGCCGCCUCCGCCUCCAGCUCCACUUCGAACUCCGUCUCGCCGGCUGGCCGAGACCUGAGUGACUACGGCUUCCGAAUACAGUUGGGUGGACUGGCAGCAGCGGCGGCAGCUGCGGCGGCCACCUCACGCCAAAUAGCGGCCGCUAAUUAUGCGCGCAGCGACACCAGCGAGGAGCUCAAUGUGGACGGCAACGACGAGGACAGCAACGAUGGAUCCCACAGCACGCCGUCGGUCUGCCCAGUUGAUCUGACACGUUCAGUGUCCACAAAUGCCACGCCAAAUGCCAACUCUGCUUCGACCAGUGCCUCCAGUGAUCGUGAGGCGGCCACCAAGCGCCUGGCGUUCUCCGUGGAGAACAUACUGGAUCCCAACAAGUUUACUGGCAACAAAAUGCCCGCCUCCGGGCCACCCUUUGGACAUCCAAGGCAGUGGAGCUACGAUCGCGAUGAGGAGAUGCACGAGCGCUUAGACGAUGAUCAGAGCGAGGAUAUGUCUGCUCAGGAUCUUAAUGACAUGGAUCAGGAUGAUAUGUGCGAUGAUGGGAGCGACAUUGAUGAUCCCAGCAGCGAGACAGACUCAAAGAAGGGCGGCAGCCGCAACGGCGAUGGCAAGUCCGGGGGCGGUGGUGGCGGUGGCAGUGGCGGCUCCAAGCCACGACGAGCACGCACCGCCUUCACCUAUGAGCAGCUCGUGUCGCUGGAGAACAAAUUCAAGACCACACGCUACUUGAGCGUCUGCGAGCGGCUGAAUCUGGCACUCAGCUUGAGCUUGACUGAGACACAGGUGAAAAUCUGGUUCCAGAAUCGCCGCACCAAGUGGAAGAAACAGAAUCCGGGCAUGGAUGUGAACAGUCCGACUAUACCGCCACCAGCGGGCGGCGCCUAUGGACCCGGUGCCUAUGCCAGCAGUCUGCUCUAUCCGCACGCCGUGCCAUAUCCGCCCUACGGUCCCUACUUCCACCCUCUGGGCGCCCACCAUCUGAGCCAUUCGCACUCAUAAAAUUGUAAGAUGCAACAGCGAUUGUUGCAACUGUUCGAAAAGCGAGGGAAGCCGCCCGAGGGAGCCAGGACCCCCAGUGGGGGCAACCGAUAAACUGUAAAUGUCGAACUGCUUUAAGUGUGUGUGUUUAGUAUCUCUACGAGUAGCCUCCCUUAGUUUGUGUGUUAUUUCAUUUCAAUUAAGUUGUGGCUGUACAUAGUUCGUGUAAAAAAAAUAUACCCACUUAUACAUACGAGUAUGAUAGCGCUUAGUGAACCUCGAAUGCCAUAUCUAGAAUUAAAUUAAAACUAUAACAUAACUUGUAGCGUUUAAGUGGCAAGCAAAAUCAAAAAAGAGCAAACCAAAAACUGCAUAAAU